AACCUAUUGGAUCAGUAGGCGGAACAGGUCGACCUCACUUCAGUACUAUUGAGGAGCCCAAAGCAAGGAGCAGCUUUAUCAUGAAGGAGACUACUCACAAGGUUGCUGAAAACUCUUCGACAGCCCACGACAGGUUUCGCCCUUCUUGGGGCUCAUCAGCGUGCAGCAUCAUCAUCAUCAUCGACAGCAUGACAUCAGUGUUCAACACCGAUGCUUCACUGCCGUACAACCAUGACUUAUUUGAAAGCUUUAUUGUAAAGAAAAGAGUAAAGGUAGAGAGGGGAGGGACUUAG